AUGCUACCUCUACGCACACUCCGCUCACAUUUCUCAAGGCGAUGUGCCUCCCAGGCAAUUGCGACUCGCACAUAUGCUAGUCAAACACCUGGUAACCCCAUGCUGGAGGUUUUCAAUCGCAAGACCAAGCACCUGCAGAAGGACCGUGCAGCCCAGAAUGUUGAAGAAAGCCGGAAAGUCGAUUACUUGAAGGAUGAAGUUGCGACACGACUAUGCGAGCGUUUACUAGAUAUCAAACGCAAUUUCCCAAACGUGCUCGACCUCGGCGCAAACAGCUGCAACAUUGCCAAAGCUAUCACAAAUCCCAAUCUUGAUGUGGUCGGACCCGAGGGAGAUGUCCUGCGACCACUAUCGAAUAAGAUCUCCAAACUGACCUGUGUGGAGACUUCGCGCGCCCUACUUCACCGUGACGAGGAAAUGCAAUUUAACAAAGAUAUUGAGAUCCAGCGGGAUAUUAUCCCGGACCUGGAGACGCUGCCGUAUGCUCCGAACAGUUUCGAUGCCGUGCUUUCGUCGCUCUCAAUACACUGGAUCAACGACCUCCCCGCGCUGCUAGAGCAAGUGAACACAAUUUUGAAGCCCGAUGCCCCAUUCAUCGCCGCUAUGUUUGGCGGUGACACGUUGUAUGAGCUGCGCGGUUCAUUGCAGCUGGCGGAUAUGGAGCGACGAGGUGGUGUGAGUCCACAUGUGUCCCCUCUGGCGGAUGUCAAGGAUGUGGGAAGCUUGUUGAACCGGGCUGGGUUUAAGAUGCUCACUGUCGAUGUGGAAGACAUCGUGGUUGAGUUCCCUGAUACCUUUUCGCUCAUGCAGGACUUGCAGGCUAUGGGCGAGAACAACGCUAUCAUGAACCGGGAUUCAGCGCCGCUGUCGCGCGAUGUCUUGCUUGCCAAUGAGGCUAUCUAUCGCCAGCUGCACAUGGAAGAUGGGGCGCCCGGUAUCCCUGCGACCUUCCGAUUGAUCUUCAUGAUCGGAUGGAAGGAAGGUGAAAACCAGUCCCAGCCAUUGCAGCGCGGUAGUGGUGAUGUGAACCUCAAGGAUAUCCUAGGUGGAGGAGACUUCGACAGGCCAUGA